CAGAAAAGACAGAUGGCGGCGGUGACCAGAGGAUCCUUCAGCGCUCUCAGACUCCUGCUGACCCAACAGUACCGCCGGCGGUGUUUCCGGCCACAGAACCUCAGAUACAACAGGAACCUGCACCUGUCAGCCUCCAGAUGGGAUCGAUCCCUGCAGAUGGUCGGCGCCAGGGCGCUGCACACAGCCAUCGCGCGGCGAGGAGCCAUCGUCCAGUUCAAGCUGUCGGACAUCGGGGAGGGAAUCAUGGAGGUGACAGUAAAGGAAUGGUACGUCAAAGAAGGGGACAAAGUGUCCCAGUUCGACAGCAUCUGUGAAGUCCAGAGCGACAAAGCGUCCGUCACCAUCACCAGCCGCUAUGACGGAGUCAUCAGGAAACUCUACUACGAUGUGGACGGCACCGCGCUGGUGGGUAAACCACUGGUUGAUAUCGAGACGGAGUCUGGAUCGGAGCUGAACCAGGAGGAGGACGUGGUGGAGACGCCUGCCAUGGCCAGGGAGGAGCACACCCACCAGGAGAUCAAAGGUCAUAAGACCCAGGCCACGCCCGCCGUCAGGCGCCUCGCCAUGGAGAAUAAUAUUAAGCUCAGUGAGGUGGUGGGGACGGGCAAGGAUGGACGGAUCCUGAAGGAGGACAUCUUGAACUUCCUUGCAAAGCAGACUGGAGCCAUCCUACCUCCAGCUCCACAUUUCCAGGAGAUCCAGACCCCGGGCCCCGCCCCCACUGCUCCUGCUCCCAAGCCUGUGAGCACUCCAGUUGGAGUUAAACCUCCACCCACUGCCCCCAAACCUGUCUUCACUGGGAAGGAUGUAACAGAGCCACUCAAAGGUUUCCACAAAGCCAUGGUGAAGACCAUGACGGCAGCACUGAAGAUUCCUCAUUUCGGUUACUGUGACGAGGUGGACCUGAGCCGGCUGGUUCUUCUGAGAUCAGAACUAAAAGCCGUUGCUGAGAGACGAGGGGUCAAACUCAGCUACAUGCCCUUCUUCAUCAAGGCUGCCUCCCUCGGUCUGCUCCACUACCCGAUCCUGAACUCCUCGCUGGACGAAGGAUGCCAGAACAUCACCUACAAGGCGUCUCACAACAUCGGCCUGGCCAUGGACACCAGUCAGGGUCUGCUGGUCCCCAACGUGAAGAACGUUCAGCUGCUUAGCGUUUUCGAGAUCGCCCAGGAGCUGAACCGGCUGCAGACGCUGGGAGCUGCCGGUCAGCUGGGACAGGCGGAGCUGAUGGGAGGGACCUUCACGCUGUCCAACAUCGGAUCGAUCGGAGGGACGUAUGCCAAGCCUGUCAUUCUUCCUCCUGAGGUCGCCAUUGGAGCGCUGGGAAAAAUCCAGGUUCUGCCGCGGUUCGACAGUGAUGGUCAGGUGACCCGAGCUCACAUCAUGAAGGUCAGCUGGUCGGCGGAUCACCGCAUCAUCGACGGCGCCACCAUGUGUCGCUUCUCCAACCUUUGGAGGGAAUACCUGGAGAACCCAGCCAGCAUGGUCCUGGACCUUAAAUAGACACUUCUGUCCCGGGGAGGACCCACACGACACACGGUCCCGCCCCUCCAUCGCCUUCACUUCAUGUUUCUGUCUGAGGCCUUCCUGGCUGCCUCGUAGCUUCCUUGUUGCCUUUGAGCAGGACCCUGGGGGGUGGGGUUCAGCUGCUAGUCACUGGGUUACCAUGACGCCCAAACAUACGGUUUUAGAUACAGACAUAGAGCACCCGCCGUCAGUCUGAGCGGGGAGAUGAAAUCAGAAUUCCUGCUACGCCAUCAGCGGUACAGCACCACCUGCAUAGGACAUGAGUACCAGUCAACCUGAGAACAUCCUCGGGUCAUAGUUCUGAAGGUCUUGGACUUGUAUCUGGAUCCCUAAUCUAUUCUAUCUAUACAUUUUGGUUCUGUGGGUUCAAGUUUUGUAUCGGCUUAUUCUGGAUCUGUGUUUUCUAGACCGGCUCUUUAGAAGAAACAGAAACUGGUUCCGAACCAGUUCUGAACACGACAAAGAGUCAAAUGUACCUGUUGAAGUUCACUACUUGGUUCUCCAGAACAGAACGGGUCUGUAUUAGUCUUCCUAAGAAAAUUCCAGUUCGCCACAUGCCCGGACCAGCUGAUGUUUCAGGCUCCGCCCCCUUGUUCUGUUACACUGAAACUAACAGCUGGGGGUCAUGUGACCACAUGGAUUUGAGCAGAGGGGUCCAAAGUCAGUUCUGAAGGCUGGCGUCCUGCCUGUCUGAGGUAUUGUCCUGAUCCAGACAUAUGGUCCCCGCCUGCGAGGACCGGAGUUAAACCUCCUUGGAAUAAAACUGUUACAUCUGGUUUUCCCAGAACUCGCCAGAACCCAGACAUAAAUUAGGAAAGCAGCCAGAUCAUCUCUCAUCCUGAUGCAGAGCCCGGCUGUCGCCGCCCUGCUGGCCCCUGGGUGAAGCUCCUGCUGAAUGUUCCCUGCUGUUCUCCCAGGUUCCUGCUCUGUGUGGGUGGUAGCCUCUGAUAGAUGUAAGAUUUCUAUGUAUCCUGAG